AUGGUUGGGUCCAAUGCAUCUGUGAUCCAACAACGACGUAACGCAACCAGCUGCUACAAGACUCAAGUUGCUAUCCUCGGUGCAGGUGUUGCUGGGGUCACAGCGGCCCACGCGUUGGCCAAUGCCUCGAUUACGGACUUCAUUAUUGUUGAGCGGAACGACUAUAUCGGAGGAAGAGUCGCUCAUACAUCUUUCGGUAGGACUGACGACAGCUCGUCUUAUACGGUAGAGCUCGGCGCCAACUGGAUCCAGGGACUGGGCUCGCCUGACGGGCCUGAGAACCCCAUUUGGUCUUUGGGAAAGAAGUACCAUCUAGAUAAUACAUACUCCGAUUAUAGCUCGAUCCUCACCUAUGAUGAAACUGGAUAUAUGGAUUACGCAGAUCUACUAGACGAAUGGGACACGAUCUACGACAUCGCCGAGGACGACGCUGGAACAAUACUGACAGAGAACCGGCAGGACUAUAGUGCGCGUACAGGCCUUGGUCUUGCAGGAUGGAAACCGAAGAAAGAUAUGCACGCACAGGCCGUGGAAUGGUGGAGCUGGGAUUGGGAGACGUCAUACGUACCAGAACAAAGCAGCUUCGAGUUCGGAGUUGCAGGCAAUAAUCUGACCUUCAACCAGUUCAGCGAUGAGAACAACUUUGUCUGGGACCAAAGAGGCUUCAAUUCCUUUGUGAUCGGUGAGGCCUCUGAGUUUCUGGCCGAGAAUGAUUCCCGCAUAUUGCUGGAGACGACGGUCACGGGGAUUACGUACUCCCAGCGAGGCGUAACAGUAUCGCUCGGGGAUGAGGGUUGCAUUGAAGCUGAGCAUGCAGUGUGUACCUUUUCCCUAGGUGUUCUGCAAAAUGAGGUGGUCGACUUCAAACCGGCUCUACCUCGUUGGAAACGAGAAGCAAUCGAGUCAUUCCAAAUGGGGACGUACACCAAAAUAUUCCUGCAGUUCAACGAAACGUUUUGGGAUCCUGAUACUCAGUUUUUCUUGUAUGCCGACCCGGAUACACGUGGAUACUACCCAGUCUGGCAAUCUCUUUCUACACCAGGCUUCCUCGAAGGAUCCAACAUCAUUUUUGCAACCGUCGUUGGAGAUGAGUCAUACAGAAUAGAACAACAAUCUGACGAAGAAACACUGGCUGAAUGCAUAGCCGUGCUGCAAGCCAUGUUUCCAGACAUAGACAUACCAGAACCGAUCGCAAUCAAGUAUCCUCGCUGGAGCCAAGAAGAAUGGGCAUUUGGAUCUUACAGCAACUGGCCAGUCGGAACGACGCUCGAAAGGCAUCAAAACUUGAGGGCGAACAUUGACAGGCUGUGGUUCGCUGGCGAGGCAAACUCUGCAGAAUACUUUGGGUUCUUGCACGGUGCCUACUACGAGGGCCGGGAGGUUGGCGAGCGAGUUGCGGCAGCACUUGUCAAAAACGAGACAUGUGCUAGCAACAGUACUGGCUCCUACAACAUGGCGCGGUACGAGGUUCUUUACGGCACUACUAACCUGAGCGAGUUCAAUGUACAGAACGGAUGGCCAGUCAGUAGCUUCUUAGACUACGAUGUUGACGACAAUAAUGAGUGA